AAAGUCAUUACGAUUAGUAUUCAAAUUGUGUAGAUACGUUUGAGUAUAUAACUGCUAUUAAAUCUCGAAAUAUACAUCAGUUGCUUCAAUCUGAGCUUCAGUGAACAUUAACUAAAAAACAAUAUACAAACAUGUCAUACAAGAUGUUUUCUAUUGGUUUAGUAUUCACCUUAGCCAGUAUGUGUUUGGCACAAACACAUACCAACUCACCAUCCCAAUAUCAAACACAAUCACUAUCUCAGUCCACUUUUCAAAACGGUCCAGCAGUUCAAACACAAACUCGUUUAGAAGAUAUCGAACGUGACUUCUCAUCAACACCUAGUUCUAAACCACAACAGUCAUUUGGAAAAACUCCACAAUCUGCUACACCUUCUUUCCAAGCUCAGCAGCAACUACAACAACCACCUAAUCAAAUCUUAGGAUAUCCUCAACCUCAAUACUAUAUUCAACCAUACCAAGGACAACAACAGCUCUUAGCUCAACAAUUCCCAACAGCAUUUGACUUCCCAGGCAUACAGUAUAUGUUUAUUAACCCUGCAGCUUUCAACACACAACAGUAUUAUGUACAAGCACCUCAACCAUCUGCUAUUCCACAAUACGUUACCAAACAAUCAUCAUCUUCUGCCUUAUUACCUUCUACUUCAUCACCUCUUAACAAAUUAGCUCCUUCAGAGUUUAAACCACAAUUCGUCGCAAAUGAUCCAGCUUUAGCCAGUUUCAAACAACAAGGACAAUUUGUUGAAGCUGCACCAAGUUUGGCUAAUUUCAAGCAACAACAAGGACAAUUUGUUGAAGCUGCACCAAGUUUGGCAAAUUUCAAGCAACAACAGGGACAAUUUGUCGAAACUGCUCCAGCUUCACAAUACGUUCAACAACCACAAGCAGCUGUUCCCCCAUCCGAAUUUGCCUUCAUUACUCAUCAUCCAACAACUCCCCAAGUUAAGAGUGUAUUAGCUCCAAACACUCAACAACAAAUCCAAUAUACAGCAAUCCCACAGCAAUAUCAACAGCCACAAUUCUACGUCAAUUUACCAUCCGUUCCACAACAACCCCAACAAUCUAUUGUGUCUUUUAACUCAGCUCCAGUAGAACAAGCACGUAUUCAACCUUCAUUGAAGAGCGAAUUUUCAUCUGGAAUUAAGUCUACUACUGCUUUGCCUACCAAAACUUCAGAAUUUGCAUAUAAAUUUGAGUCAACACCACAACAACCUCAACAAGCUAACAAUGGAGCUUAUAGCACUUUGAGAUUUUCUAAUUAAGAGAUCACAUUGCAAUACAAAAAUCUGAUGUUAUA